AUAGCUCCAUCUUGUUUCAAGACAUCCUAGCUAGCUCCUUCCUUCAAAAUUCAAGAUGUUCUAGCUUUACCGCAGCAAGCACAUGCUUACUCUUCGUUGUUUUUGUACCUCGCGUUCUAAGGCAUCCCACAGUCGUACCGCCACCACUGUGGGAGGGAGGUGCAGUUUCCCUUCUCUAAUGGGCUACCGCAACGCAUCGGGGAAACAGGCCUCACGCCAUGCCGCGCCCUUCCAUCGUCGUCGGUCAGGUCGAGGUUGGCACACAGUGCAGCUUGCCUCUGGCUGACAAGUCUGUUGGGUGCUCCUUCAGAGCAGGCAGCGAGUCGAGGAGCGUGCAGACUACGAAGACUGUGGAUCAGUCAUGCUCCACCACAGCAUCCAGGCCUUCUAUUUCUCCAUCAACAGCCCACAGUCACAAUUCACAGCAGGGGCGCCUCCACCAAGACCAUUUCUGUGACUAUGAGGCUGGUAAACUGUUUCGUCUGGAAGCACAUGCCAGGGUCUCUACUGGCGAGCGUCUGUUUGAGUGCGAUUUGUGCCGUAAGAGCUUCUCCAAAAGAGACCACCUGAAAAGUCAUAUGCGCACCCACACAGGUGAUAAGCCAUGGCAGUGCCCUUCAUGCCCUCAAAGGUUCUCGCGUAAGUGGAGCAUGAAAGACCACCUACGGACCCACACAGGCGAGAAGCCAUUUCAUUGCCCUUCAUGCCCUCAAAGCUUCUCCCAUAAGUCGUGCAUGAAAAACCACUUGCGCACCCACACAGGUGAGAAGCCAUUUCAAUGCCCUUCAUGCCUUCAGAGCUUCGCACAAAAGAAGAACCUGAAAGUCCACCUGCGCACGCACACAGGCGAGAAGCCAUUUCAGUGCCCUUCAUGCCCUCGGAGCUUCGCAGUAAAGAGCCACAUGAAUGUCCACCUGUGCAGGCACACAGGCGAGAAGCCAUUUCAGUGCCCUUCAUGCCUUCACAGCUUCUCGCGAAAAACUGACCUAAAAACUCACCUGCGCACCCACACAGGUGAGAAGCCAUUUCAGUGCCCUUCAUGCCCUCGGAGCUUCGCAGUAAAGGGCCACAUGAAAGUUCACCUACGCACCCACACAGGUGAGAAGCCAUUUCAAUGCCCUUCAUGCCCUCAAAGUUUCUCGCAUAAGUCCACCUUGAAAUACCACCUACGCACCCACACAGGCGAGAAGCCAUUUCAAUGCCCUUCAUGCCCUCGAAGCUUCUCACAUAAGCCCAGCAUGAAAAACCACUUGCGCGCCCACACAGGUUAGAAGCUGUGGCGGUAUUCUUCAUGCCUUCGGAGCUGCUCGUAUAAGUCCAGCAUGCAAGACCACCUGCAAAAACACACAAACGAGAAGCCAUUUCAAUGUCUUUCAUGCCCUCAAAGCUUCUCGCAUAAGUCCAGCAUGAAAAACCACUUGCACAUUCACACAGGUUUGAAACUAUAGCGGUAUCCUUCAUGCCUUCGGAGCUGCUUGUAUAAGUCCAGCAUGAAAGACCACCUGUGAAACCACACAAAUGAGAAGCCAUUUCAGUGCCCCCUGUGUCCUCAGAGCUUCUCACAAAAGCCAGACCUGAAAGACCACCUGCACAACCACACAGGAGAGAACCCAUUUCAGUGGCCUUCAUGCCCUCAAAGCUUCUCACAUAAGUCCAGCAUGAAGGAACACUUGCGAACCCAAACAUAUGCGAAGCUGUUUCAAUGCCUUUCAUGCCCUCUGUGAUUCUCGUGCAAGUCCAACAUGAAGGAACAACUGCAUACCCAUGCUGGCGAGAAGCCAUUUCAUUGCCCUUCAUACACUUGGAAAUUCUCGCUGAAGAAUGCCAUGAAGUAAAAACUGACCAUUCAUACAGGUGACCGACCUUACUGUUCUGCCGCCUGCUCCAAGUACUUUGCACUUGCUGAUUACUUGAGCAGACAAGACCAUGAUGCAGUAGAGUAGGUCAACAGCUAUAUUGAACUUAAGUUAGAAAUCUAUAGAUACGGAGAAUGCUACAGGGUGUUCUGCUACAUCAAGUAGCACAAGUUGCCUAUGUGCUCUUAAAAAGGCCCUGGAAUGAUUUCUUUGUGUCACCAUACACCUGUGUACUUAGAUUUCAUCAUCAUCAUCAUCAGC